AUGAUGUUAAUAAUUGUUGUCUUAUUAGCUAUUCGAUUUUCUAAUAUUGACACUUGCCCAAUAUAUUGUCAAUGUUAUUCUGCAUUUGAUGGUUAUCAUGUAACAUGUCAAAAUGCAAAACUUUAUGAAAUUCCAUAUAAUUUAAUAAAAUUUCUUCAAAAAACUCAACAUCAAAAAUUAAUUAUUGAUUUAAGUUCAAAUUUUCUUUCAAUAAUACCAUGUGAUUUAUUUCAAAUAUCAACAAUAAUAACAUUAAUAUUAACAAAAAAUUCUAUUGAAUAUAUACCAUGGUGUUUUUCACAAUCAUCAAUACAAAUACUUCGAUUAAAUCAAAAUCAAUUACGUUUUAAUCAAACAACAAUUUUAUCAAGUUCAAAAUUAUAUUAUCUUGAUAUUUCACAUAAUAAAAUAUCAACAUUACCACGAACAUUUUUUAAUUAUAUUCGACAUCUUCGUAUAUUAAUAUUAAAUGGUGAAUUAAAUUUAUUUCAAUUAAAUAAUGAUCAAUGGUUACGUUCAUUAACAACAAGAAAUCAAUUAAAAAUAAUAAUAUGUGAUGAAAAUUUUCAUUUACCAUUAUGUUUAUUUAAUUAUUUAUUUCAAACAAAUAAAUUAUUAUCAAUUGAAUUAAAUUCAAAUAUAUAUUGUGAUUGUUCAUUUGUUUAUUUAACAUUAAAAAAAAUUCAUUUUCAUUAUUGUCAAAUUCAACAACAAGAAGGAAAAUGUAAUCUUCAAACAUCUUAUUUUAUACAUAAUUAUUCAUUAAUUAAUUUACAAAAUGAUAAAUAUCGUCAAAUAUGUUUUAAUGAAUAUCAAUUUUGUCAAAAUAUACAAUUAAAUCAAAAUUAUCAAUUGACAACAAAUAAUUUUAAUUUAUCAUUAAAUAAUAAUCAGACGAAAUCAUUAUUAUUUAUUAAUAAUUCAUCAAUAAUAACAACAACAACAACAAUAAUAACUAUGAUUAGUACAGUAACAUUUUCAAAGAAAGAAAAUAUAACCGCAGGUGCUAUUAUUCCUUUUAUACUUGUUUUAAUUAUUAUGACAAUAGUCUGUCUUUAUGUUAUUCUAUCUGGACGUAUUAUUAAAAUAAAAAAUCGAGAAUCAAUUAAAGAUUUUAUUAUUGAACAAAAAAAACAAUCCAAUAUGUCAACUAUUGUUACAAGUGUGAAUUCUGAUAAGAAACUUGCACGACUCGACGAAUCAAUUUCAAUUGAAAAUGUUAAUAUGAAUUCAAAUCCACAAAAAAAUUCAUGUUAUCAACGAAAUCAUUCAUAUUCUGAUGAAGAAUCUGAACUAACAUUUUAUAGUAUGAACAAUAAUAAUAAAAAUUCUUCAACAUCAUUUAUACAAUCUUCAAUGUCUGAUAUUGAUAUAGCAUCAUUAACAUCAACAAUAAAUUCUUCAUUAUCUAGUGAAACUAUUAUUAUUUCUAAUCGAAAUCAAAAAAGAAUAUAUUGA